UUGUAAUGGAAUGGAAUAAAUCGGAAUGGCAGUGCCAUUGAACAUAUGUCGUAGUCGUGUUUAUAGAACGCUCUGCCUGCGCCGCUCCCUCGGUCGACGUCAACUCUGCCGGCAGAGUGUAUCUACGAGUAGUGCCGGUGUACCAGUGUACCAGUACCAUAUAGUAUCUGAAAACCCAGUGCGCCUUGGUGUGUGUGUGUGUGUGUGUGUGCGAGUAGAUUUGAAAUAAUAACUUAUAAGACCGGCGUGGCGGUACGGUGCGUAGUGUUUACUUUGCUCAAUAUUCAGUCCGAAUUCGUUAACAGCCGCUAACGGUUUGCUCCGGCUGCUCCGAUCCCUUUCUAUAUACGUAUAUAUAUAUAAAUCUAUAUACAUUUACGAUCCUCGCAGGAUUUAGCCAAAUAAACGAAACAUGUCGAAAGUGACGCAAAGUGCUGGCAACGGCAGCAACAGCAAUGACAUCUACAACAUCGUCCUCCUGGUGGUGGACAUCGUGAUGCUGAUCGUCAAGUUCUGGAUCGCCAUCGUGGAGGCCAUCGUGGGUGUGUUUCGUCCCGCGCCGCUCGAUGAUGUCAGUGGCAAGGUGGUACUGAUCACCGGCAGUGGACACGGCAUAGGCAAGCAGAUGGCCCUGCAGUACGGCAAGCUGGGCGCCACCGUCCUCUGCUGGGAUGUCAACGAGCAGACGAACAACCAGACCGUCAAGGAGAUCAAGAGCAAUGGUGGCAAGGCCUUCGGCUACGUCUGCAAUGUGACCAAGCGCGAGGAGCUGAUCGAGCUGGCCCAGAAGGUGCGCAAGGAGCACGGAUUCGUUAACGUGGUGGUCAACAAUGCCGGCAUCAUGCCCUGCCAUCCGCUGCUGGAGCACACCGAGAACGAGAUCCGUCUGAUGUUCGACAUCAAUGUGCUCUCCCACUUCUGGAUCAUCCAGUCCUUCCUGCCCGAGAUGAUUGAGCGCAACGAGGGCAGCAUUGUGGCCCUAUCCUCCUGCGCCGGACUCUUCGGACUGAUCAACCUGGUGCCCUAUUGCGGCACCAAGUUCGCCGUUCGUGGCUACAUGUCCGCCCUCGCCGAGGAGCUGCGUCAGAAGAACCCACAGAACAACGUCAAGCUGACUACCAUCUAUCCGUAUAUGAUCGAUACGGGUCUGUGCAAGAAUCCCCGCUACCGGUUCCCCAAGCUGUUCAAGCUGAUCCCCGCCGACGUGGCCGCCGGCUCGAUCAUCGAGGCCCAGCGCCAGGGAUUGGAGGAGGCGGCGAUUCCACGGCAUUUCGUGGCCGUGGAGAAGAUCGGUCGCCUGAUUCCCCGCAAGGCGAUGCGAUUGGUCAACGAUUUCCUCGACACGGGCGUGGAUACCGAUAAGCACUAGAGCUCCCCACUUUCCUAUCCCACCCACUGGGUCAUCCACUGGAUGAUAUAGCUUUAAUCUUUUCCACCUCAUUCGUUUACUUUAUUUUGCUUGUUUUUUUUUUCCAGUGUACUAUUAUCUCCUUUUAAUUGCUGUGUAGAGAAGUGCAACUAAUUGCUAUAUGAAAAGUGAAUUUAGUGAGCUCAAUUUAGCUGUUAGAAAGGUUGUUACUUAAUUAAAAAGGCGCACGUAGUCGGGCUAAUUGUGUUGGUCGUAAUAAAGGUCUCCAAAGAGUAAUCCAUAAAGUGA